GUUGAGCCAGAGUGUGCGAUUGUGGUCCGUUGCUCAGCUCACGCCGCGUUCCCAGAAGCCCUCGCCCAUGUGGCGGCGAGUACGAAAUUUUGGGUCCCUUGGAGAGUUGGAGGGGGCCGCCACGCAGCUUCCCAUGAGUAUUGGCUGAUCAGACUGUGUUUGAAUCGGUUGCAUCAAUUUCCUAUUUGGCCACCAACAGACACCUCAUCGUGGCCCCCUGUUCUGUGAAGAACACAAGUAUCUGUCAUACGAUACAGAUAAAAGACGUCGUCGCCUUCAUGUUGUGAGAAAACCGUGUACUGGACUCCCUUAUCAACCGUUGGCAAGCCUGAAUCCCAUUGCCUUGUUGUUCUCACGCACAAGAGUCGAAGAGAGCAAACAAAUCCCCAGCAGCCGUUGCAACGGUCAAGAUGACGGUCAGCGAUAAGCCCGUGCUGAUCAUUGGCGCCGGAGUCGUGGGCUUGACGUUGGCACACGGGCUCAAAAAGGCAAACAUUCCUUUCGAAAUCUACGAGCGAGACGAGAACAUCGAUGCCCGAGGACAGGGCUGGGCCAUCACUCUGCAUUGGGUGCUGCAGUACCUCGGCGAGAUUAUCGAUCAAGACACAUUCGCCGGCUUGGAUGACGUCCAAGUCGAUCCAGAGACUGGCCGUAACGACACGGGCAACUUCAUCUUCAUCAACCUCAAAACAAAAGAGCCCAAGUUCUACAUCCCUCCCAACGCGCGUCGCCGUGUGAAUCGCGAGAAGCUGCGCCGGCUUCUACUCAAGAAUGUCGCGGAAAACGUCCACUGGGACAAGCAGCUGACAGACGUCCAAGUCUCGGACAACGGCGUCAAGGCCGCUUUCGCAGAUGGAAGCGCGGCCGAGGGGAAAAUGCUCAUUGGCGCCGAAGGCAGCAAUUCACAGACAAGGAAAUAUCUUGUGCCAGAAGACUACCAGAAUUACUUGCUACCCGUCAAGUUGGUUGGCGUCUCUGUCGAUUUGACACCCGCGCAGAUCAAGCCACUGCGACAGAUUGAUCCGCUGCUCUUCCAAGGCUGCCAUCCAGAAACUGGCGUCUUUAUCUAUGUCUCAGUUCUAGAGACGCCAGAGGUGAACGGCAGUGCUGGAACCGCUGACGAACACUACCGCGUGCAAAUCAUGACCUCAUGGCUCGCCAAAGAUCACGACGAGCACAUCCCCGAGUCAAACUCGGAGCGCAUCGCCAUGAUUAAGCGCCUGGCUACCGGCUUCCACCCGGACUUGUACAGCAUUGUACAGGCCAUCCCCGAGACUUCGCCCACCCUACACCUCGUCUUGCAAGACUGGCCCUGCCGGGACUGGGACAAUCAUGACGGCCGAGUGACUCUGGCUGGCGACGCCGCGCAUGCCAUGGUCAUGUACCGUGGCGAGGCGGGCAACCACGGCAUUCUCGACGCUUGGCAUUUGCUUCGCCAGAUCAAGACAGUGUACGCCGGUGACAAGACUCGGGCUGAGGCCAUGGACGCGUAUGAGAGGGAGAUGAAGGAGAGGGCCAUGCCGGCUGUUCUGCUGAGCCGGCAGGCGUGCUUGGAUGCGCAUGACUUUCACGGCUUGAAUGAGAAUUCGGCGGUUCUCAAGAAGAGGGCAAUUAACGCGGCUAGAACAUGAAUUGUACGUCAAGUUGUGUAAAAUUUGUAAUUUAAUGUGCAGAGUACUUGAUUAUCUCAACACGCCAUGAUUUAACAUACUAUAAUCUGAAGAGUCGGCUCAAUGAGCUUCCUUCGCUGUAUAUCGAGAUGAUACGACGUAUAGUCAAUAUUCAUCAAUUUGACCCAACUUUGUGGCCAUACUGCAUGUAUUUAAUUUCCUUUUCAUAGCUCACACCUAGAUUAUUGCUAUUUCCCCAAGUUAUACAAUAAAGCAAGCACAUCUC